UUUUGCAUUCACUUGCAUAUACCAUAAUAUUGUAUUUAGUUUACCAGUUUAUGUUACCAUGUACAGUAGCUGAAAUACAUACCUAUACAAGUUGUUAAAUUAUUUAUACAUACAAUAUAAAUCACAAAUACUUUAAAGACUUAAACAAUAAAACUAUUAAGACUUUUUAGAAGUUGAGUUUACACAGAAAAUGCAUUUUUUGAUGUAUAAUAUUAUGGUUCCACUUAUUAUAUAAAAGGAAUUUGAUAUAUUCUGCAAAGAUUAUUUAUUCUGGAUGUCUUUUUGCAGUCUUCUCUGUCUUGUUCUUUCUUGCUGAAAUAUUAUGAUCUUGUUGAGGGUAAAAAAAUUGUGUAUUUUCCUUUAUCCCAGUAAUAACUUAAAUAUUAUUGUGAGUAUGUUCAAUAUAAUCAAUGGAAUUCUGGUGACUGUUCUAAUAGAUCUAACCAAGUUUAAAAUUUGGAACUUCACUGUUGAUUGGUCUUCAAAUCCUUGGUUUGGAUUGUUAGAUCCCCAUCCCAUUUUUUGCAUAAAUCUUUCUUCGUGUAAUACACAUACUGCAUUCAAGCAAAGCAGGGAUGCUUCAAAUAAAUUCCAUAAGGUAAGCAUGGUAAAAUUUGGGAUUUGAUAAAAUUAUUUAAAAGAAAAUCGUCGGUAUUUGUUGUGACAGCUUUAGAACACACAACAAGAUUCUUUUGACAAUAUUGACAUUGACAUUAAAACGACGAAUAAGCAUUUUUGACAUCAGCGGCUGCAUUCCGGUUCACGGCGCAUAUAACAGUUUUAAAAGCAAAGUUUGAACAUAUAUCAUUAACACCCGGUUUCCGGAAGGCUGAUCAAUGUUAAAAUGAAUUU